AAGCCAACCCUGAAUGUUUAGUUAUUCUGUAACCAGGCAUUUCGGGUCAAAGACACAGAAGGGAUCAAAAAAGAUAAGCAAAAUGAAAACACCAGGGUCAGACAAGUUCCUCCUAAGAGUAGUGAAGACAAAUCGGAGAAGGAAGCAGAACAUAAAUCAGCAUCCUAUCUCCACUUGGCUUACUAGCCAAAGACACUGAAAGUGUCUCCAAGAAGUAAAAAGAUCUCUGCUGUUAAAGAGUGCCAGUGGCGUCAAGAGGAACAUGAAAUAAAACACUCAACAGCCAUUAAUGAAGAGAUUGCUUCUGAGCACAUUCAUGGUCCUUUGGAGAAGAAGAGAAUUACUGGGCACAAGGGCCAACUUUAACCAGUAGGGAACUGGUUUUAUUUCCGUGUAUGUCAGGCUGAGUCCUACAGGCAUCUUGGCUACCCACUUGCAUCCUGACUUUGUUCAGGGAUGGGCACAGGAGGUGAAAUAGGAACUGCUUUUGCUGGUGAACUAAGGCUUGUCCGUGACCCACACCACUCCACCCCAGGGAGGGGAGUGGAGCUACCCAUCACUUCACCGCUGCCUGUGGGACUUUGGAUUUGCAAGGGCUGCAGCAGGCUUUGGGGGCCACCCAUGCAAGAAGAGCUGUGCAAGAAGAUUCCCUUCUGCAAACAUCCCGAAGGCAGGAUAGGACCCAGAUGGCCAUUGCAGAGCUGCAGAGCUUCCCAAGACUUCCCAGGGGCUGUAGGCAUUCUGUCUUCUCUGAUUAGGUUUCUCCACUUGCUUUCAGAAGCUUCGAUUGAGGGAAAUGUGGGUUAUGCCAUCAUGCCCAACCUCCUUGCAACAGUUUGGGAUAUUGUGGAUUUUUCUAAUUAAAAUACAGGUACAUAAAUCAAGCCAUGUAGGAACCUGAGGUGAAAAGGGACCGUCUUGGGCUUUGCAGUCACCUUUCUCCAGUUACAGCCACCUCUUCACCACAGUUAAUAUCUCCAUCCCUCUACUCAGAGAUUGCAGUACAUGGAAUUGGAUCAUUCUAUGAUUCUAUGUACCAGGCAUUUUCUUUGUGCCUUUCUCAAAGACUGUGAGCCAGAGGGUUUGGUUUUUAGCUUGUGAGGCCACUUGUUUGCCUAUCAAUGUACCCCUUCCCUGGCGAUGGAAGGGACACAAGGACACGGAGCAAAAUGUUCCCUAGGUUUAUGGCACUUUUUAAUUGAUCCACCUUGAAACGUCGAGGAAAUAUGGCACAAUUUGCAGCAUGGUGUGUUGUCCCAGCUUGAACUGCUUUCUUCAGCAGAGGGAAGCUCUUGUGUUCCAGAGGAUACGUUUCUGAGUGAGAGCUCCCAUCCGAUCACUGCCAGGCUGAUGCUGACCAGUAAAACGUCUCUGUUUGGGGAGCGUGCAUGUCUGCUGGGGGCUGGAGUGAACAUCGCCUAUUGAACUGGCCUCACACAUGACUCAGGAGCAGAAUGAAUCACAGCUCGUAGCGUACUGCAAGUAGUAGGAGGAAAAGACAACCUCGUUGCUGUAGUAAGACGCUGACGGGUACUCGGAGGAGACGUCUUGCGGCAGCAGGGCUUAAAGAAGAAAUGUAGCUUCCUCUCUGCUGGGAACUGGAUGUUUCUGGUGUGAUCCAUGUCAAUAAGCUAAAGCUUGCCUGGACGGGAAGGUAAUCACCAUACCUCACUGCAGGGAGCAGCUUUGCCCAUAUUUUUUGAAGUACAGAGGCAAAGUGGACCACAUAUUUCAGAGACCCAUCCUCCAAGAAUCACUAACAGGCAUCUGUGCACUGAAAGAACGCUGGUGAAGGUGUGAUCCCUCCCAGAUGCACAUAAAAAUAUGAAGUUCUUCUGGAUAAUCCCAUUUUUCCUGCUGCAAGAUACUGAAGCUUUCCUGAUGAAAAAUGCUAAAGUCAAGCGGUGUUUACAAGCCAGCCAGAUGGAUGAGAAAUUAUUGCUGGAGGACUGCAAUCCAGAGUCAGAUUUCCAGAACUGGUCUUGGCAAGGCGAUUUUUUGAUGAAUCACGGCACACAGAGCUGCCUCUCUGUGAUGGGGGUCGACAGAGUGCAGACAAGUCACUGUGGCAGUGCAGGCUACACACGUUGGGACUGCUCUAAUUCGCUGCUCUCUUUUCUGGGCAGCAGCCAAGGCUACCUGGUGGCAAACAGGAAAGGAGUCGCUCUCGAUAGUGUGAGAGGCCUCAAGGCCCAAUGGCAUGAUGUUGCAGACAGGAGCGUGUGCGUGGAGAAGGCAGCCGAGGCAGAGGAAGCCAAGUACUUUCUUGCAGCCCUCGCUAGCACACAGGUAUAUGACCACACAGCAGGCAACGCCACCCUCGCGCUGGGUGUAGAUCAAGAGGAGCUGGAGGAGUUGCUCUGGUUCUUCCGCACAGAAGACCCAACAGCGUGGAAUUACUCCGUCCUUGUGCUUUCCUUUGUGGCUAUGAUUGUGGGUCUUCUCCUCCUGGCCAUUAACAUUGUGCGAAACAGGAAAAGGAAGAUCCACAUAUAUAGACAAAUGUUGCAGACUGCGCAGCAGGCCGAGCUAAAAGCCAAGCAAGCCCUGAUGCCUGUGCAGGAAUACAGCCCGGGUGAACUGCAAAAGCAGGAGCCACUGCUCCAGGACCAGAGAUCAGGAGGCGUGAUGGUCCACUGGAAGGAUGGGACCAUCACGUCGCUGUACACAGGAAGCACUGAGGAUGAUGUAUAACAGCAGCUGAAGUCAAACCAUUCAGGCUGGAAAGGAUGUCUCAGAAUAUCUCAGUUCCUAGCGAUGGAAGUUUAAAAGUGCAGUUUAGCCUGGGAAAACAAAGGAAAGAAGGAAAAAAAAAAAGGCAGCAGAGCUGCAUGAGCAGAAGUGGCUCUGGACUGGAGGCAGACCUCUGCCUCCCCCGUUUCAGCUCCUGGCUGGCUGUUCCUCACCCGCUAUACUCAG